GGCAGUAUGUUUUCGGAUGGUAGAUCGUUUCGAGGUUCCAGGGGAGCCUGUUUUGCAGUGGUUAUGAAGAAUUUGCCUGCGGAAUCAGGACUGAUGCAAUCAUACGAGACACCAUCUACCUUGAAUAAUCCUGGAAAAUAUGUGUGCCCCGCUUGCAGAUCAAAAAUCCCACCUGAUAUCCUGAUUGCAAAAUACAGAAAUGGUGAGACAAACGCUGUUUCUCUGCUCCAUCAGCUUGCACAUGUUUUGCAAUUCCAGUUGGAAUUUAAGGAGACUGUAACCACAGGCAAUGUGCCAUGCUUGUAUUUUGCCUUCUGUGUGGUGAUUGACGGGGUCGAGUACAAGACUGGCAUGGGAAUACGCAAGAAGGAGGCUCGGCUCAGAGCAGCAGAGCUUGCUCUGGACGAGCUGCUGCCCACCUUGGAAAGCCUGAAGUCUGCCCUCCCUGAAGCAUCAGCUCUUCCUCCACCUCUGCCAGUGAAAGACAAGCCUUCCAUCUCUGAAGUUCGUCCUUGUAGAGCCAUUCACGAAAGGAAGAAUUCUGCAAACCUCCAGAUUCCAUGUGCUGUCAGGGAUCAGCUCACUAAACUCAUGAACAGCCACCCGGAGUUCUCCAGCUGUGCAGGCACCACUGUAGCUUUCGUUGUUCAGACUUCCAACGGAUUUGAGGUAGUUGCUCUUGGUACUGGGAACUUCAAUACCAAAGAGAGUGUCUCAUCAAAUGGACGGAUUGUGCACGAUUCACAUGCAGUUGUCACCGCAAGGAGAUCUCUAAUGAGGUUUCUGUACCGGCACCUGCUGAUGUUUUUCAGCAAAAAUGCCAGCAUGACAGAAAAGUCGAUCUUCCAGCAGAACAGCAGCAGCAGCAGCCUCCUCAGCCUAAAGAACGACAUCUCCCUUCACCUUUAUGUGAACCAACUACCAAAGGGUGCUGCUCAGAUCCCUCCCCAGCUGCGCUUUAACCCACUCUCCAUUUCGGCAUUGCAAGUCAACAAUGAGAUCGGUCUGCACCUUUCAGUGGAGGGCAAGGUGUUCUCUGUUUUCUCGUCGGCCCUUGAUCACUGUGGCUCCAAAGUGGUCAGCAUGUCCACCACUGAUAAGAUCACUCAGUGGCAGGUGUUGGGAUACCAGGGAGCCUUGCUCAGCCACUUUAUUGAGCCUGUCUACGUCCAAAGCAUUCUCAUAGGUGACUCGGACUGCAGGGAGAUCCGUGGUAUGGAGAUUUCUGUGAGCCAGCGUGUGGAAGGGAUCACGUCUCAGCUGCCUAUGUUCUACUGCAUGAUGAGGCCUCACAUCAGCCUGGUACCUUCCGUGGCCACUAACAGCCCAGGCAGUAGUCAGUUGACCUACAGUGUCAACUGGAGCGAAGGAGACAGCUCCCUGGAGGUUGUGGAUGGUCUGGAGGGCAAGACCAUAGAUGAAUCCCCGUUUAAGAGCGGCACUGCUCUGGCCAGCCGCCUGUGCAAAGCAGCGAUGCUGCACCGCUUCAACUUGGUGGCCAAAGAGGCUCAACGGCAGGACCUGUUGGCCACAAGCUCCUACAGAGAGGCCAAGAGGAUGGCAAAACCGUACCAGGAGGCCAAGAAUGUGCUGCGGGCAUACUUGUUGCAGCAGGGCUUUGGUUCCUGGCUGGACAAGGUCUGGGUUCGUGAUAACUUCAGCAUGUGAACAACACCUCGUAACUGAGGAAAAAAAACAAGAGUUA